AUGGUUGUGGAUUAUUCUAAAUGGGAUAAAAUAGAGCUAUCUGACGAUUCAGAUAUUGAAGUGCAUCCAAACGUUGAUAAAGCUUCAUUCGUCAGAUGGAAACAGCAAAGUGUUCAUGAACAAAGAGCUAAGAGAAACCAAGAUAUUAAAACCUUAGAAGCUCAAAUUCACAUGUAUCAGCAUUUAAAUAAAAGAGUUGAUACUAUGCUACAAAACGGUAAUGUCAAAGAUUUUAGUGAUUUGAAUGAGGUAACAAGGUUUUUAAACUCUAAUUUUGAUAAAACUGAGAAUAGUGAGGGCGAAUUUGUUGAUAAAGAUAUCCCCACCUAUAAUGAAAUGGUAGAAGAUUUAAUUGAACAAUUGAAGCGAGAGUUGGUUAAUGAAAAGCAAGAUCCAACUAAUGGAAAUUUGGUAAAAGACAAACUAAUACAACAUAGAGCCAAAAUAGACGAAGUUACUGUUGAAGGUCGCAAAAAAUUAGAUCAACUAUAUAAGGAAAAAGCAUUGCACAUUUCUUCCGAUGAUAUACAUACGGGAUUUGACAGCAGUUUUAUCAAUAAAAAGCAAGGUACUCAAGAUGCUUUAAAAAAGAACAACAUAAGUAGUUCACCAACGACUGCUACUGUUUCUAAAAGCGAAUUGCCAUCGACUAUCAAACACUUUAUUGAUUAUAAGGAUGAUGUUAUGAAAUUAGAUGAUCGGACUAAGAAAUUGGGUGAAAUUCCGGUUCAUGCUCUGAAAGAGUCGCAGACUUACCUACUAAAUAAUAUGGAAAUAUUAUCUGAGCAACAAAAAGAUGCAUUGGUCAUGACCUCCUUUGAAGCCGAAUUGAAAGGUGACCAUGACAAAGCCUAUCAGAUUGUCUUUCAAUCCGAAUUGAUGUCUUAUAUCAUAGAAGUUUAUACUUUGAAACAGAUUCCUUAUUUGCAUACUACCCAAAUGGCUGAUGUUAUUCGUAUGUUUUUUGAGAAAGUGUUUUAUUCCACCAAAAAUGAUAUGGGGAAACAGUCAUUUUUAUCGGCUGUUGAAUCAAGAUUUGAGCAUAUUAAAACUCGGUGUAAGAUUAUUAAGGAAGAAGAUAAUAAGGAGACCAAAGGUGCUUCAGAUGAGCAAGAGGGCGUUGAAACGAUUCAAUUGAAAUCUUUGGACGAGUCUAGCGAGCUAGUGGUCAACUUACCCAAUUUGGACAAUCCAGCUAAUGAGGAAGAGAAAAAAAUAGUUGAGUUAUUUAAAAGUUUACCUCCUAGCAUGCAAAAAGCCGUCAAGAGUGGAAGUUUAGAUGAAAUUAAUAAGGUUUUUGCCGAUAUGUCAAUUGAUGAAGCUGAACAUAUUCUAAGUAUAUUCGAUGAGGCCAAUAUUAUCGGGGUUGCUGCAUUAUUAGAAGAUGAAAAGGAAUUUGAUACUCUAAAGGAAGAAUAUAAUACUUCAAAAUUAAAUGACCUAUCUCUAUCAGAAGAACCAACUGGAAGCAAGCCUGUAACUAAGUCUAUUGAGGAUGAGGUUGAUUAG